AUGUUAGAAACAGUAAAGCACCCUCUUCGAGGGCGUACAAUUUUAUCACUUUUGAUAAUAAACAGUACAUACGUACUGUUACUCCACGCAGCGGCAUUUCCCGAUUGGACGGACUGUCCGGUUGUUUGCAGUUGCAAAUGGACAUCAGGAAAAAAGUCUGCAUUUUGUCAGAAUGCCGGAUUGAGUUCUCUGCCAGCGUCACUGGAUCAAGAGAUGCAGGUACUUGAUUUGUCGGGUAACAAUAUACCAGAAUUGCAAGAUCAAAUUUUUAAACGAAACGGGCUUGUUAAUUUGCAAAAAGUAUUUCUCCGGAAUGCCGGAAUCCACGAAAUCCACGCGGAUGCCUUCAAAGACAUGGGGAUACUAAUCGAAGUAGACUUGUCCGACAAUCACGUGGCGAGUUUAGAGAUAAAUACCUUCAACGGGAAUGAAAGACUUAGAGUGUUAAUUCUAACCGGUAAUCCGCUGGUGACUCUUGUAAGCCAUCAAUUCCCGACACUUAAACACCUCAAGACUCUUGAGCUUCAAAGAUGCGGGUUAACUAAAGUACACAGUCUUACAUUUGCCAAUUUGCCUAAUCUAGAAUCAUUGAAACUCGAUAAUAACCAAUUAACUUACUUAGAUGCUACGACAAUCUCGUCAUUACCAAACUUGAAAACACUUACCCUGGAGGCGAACAAGUGGUCUUGUGACUGCCGAUUGAAGAGUUUUCGUAAUUGGCUGAUACCUGACACACCCAAGAAAAUCUACUCAGUACCGCAAAUAUGCAACGGACCAUCAAGACUCGAGGGCCGUCGUUGGGAGGACGUAAAGCCCUCAGAUUUCGCUUGUGCUCCGCAAGUAAAAGUCUACGCCAGCCCGAUGCAAGAAGAAGUAAACGGGAACUUGAGUUUGUCUUGCCUGAUUUCAGGGGAUCCAGUGCCCGAAUUUUGGUGGCAGCUUAACGGGGGCUUUCUAAACCUAAGUCGCAGCACAGAAUCAAGCCCCUAUGCGCCAUUAGUUUCAUACAUCGUGACUUUCACAUCAUCCGCAGAGUUUAAUCACUACCAUGCUGAUGGUAAACUUCCAGAGAGGUGGAACAAUAUAACUAUUUACAAUGCCAGUGAUAGUGAUGCCGGUGAAUACACAUGUCAGGCAAGAAAUAUUGCCGGUGCUGCUAAGGAUACCAUUAACAUUGUGGUACCACGUGUUUUUACAGCACCAACUUUGUCACAAACAGACAAUUGGCUGCUUUGGGUAACGCUCGCUGGUGGUGGAACCGCAGCAUUGUUUGCCUCAAUAUCUGCUGUGCUGAUGGUCUUGUGUCUUUGUGGAGGCUCCCGGAGGCGCACCAGACACGAAAAAGUAAAGCUUCAAGGCAGUACGAGUUUUGGCGAUCAAGAGAAAAAACUUUUGGAUUUAUCCGUGACAACAACUGGUACCAGCGGAUGCAAUACUAAUGAACGUAUUAGUGGCCAGGGUAGUUUAGCAGAUACAUGUAGUCCUGGUGAUUUGGAGCUUGCUGAGUGUGCUUCUAUUUGCGACGCCACAACAGUUACUGUCGAGAGACUUAGACCCGAUUGUGGUGGGACUAAUUCAACGGGGUUACGUAAUAAUAAUGUUACAGCGUGUUCAACAACUGGAUUUCCUCCACCACCACCAGAAUUCACCGGUGGUGUUUUACCCUCUGGUAUAUACGGAAAUAUAUUUAUUUCAGUAGCAUUACCACAAGAUGUUGAACGUUGUUAUCCAGAUUUACUUGAUAUUCCAGUUCAUGCACCAACGAUAACUGAUAAAAGUAAUUUUCCAACUCCUUUACCAGCAACGUCAAUGAUAUCCAGUUUUGCAACUCUGCCUCGCAGACCACUACGCACUGAUCUUGGGUCACAGUACGACAACAUGGGGCCUCGUGUUACUGCCACUGGAAGCUCGACAUUUUCAUUAACUGAUGAUCUACGGCUUUCACCACCUCCUCCUCCGGUUAUUAAACCGCCGAUUGAGUUUGUUUCCCUAUGA